AUGACUUCGGCUCCGCUGCUCGGUGGCUGCGAGCCCGCCGACGCCAAGGGCGGCGAAGGAGAGGCGAAGCCCUCCUCGCCGGCGUGGUUGCACCGCCUGAUCGACACAGAGGAAGCGUGGGCGCAGCUGCAGUUCGCGGUGCCCAUGGUCCUCACCAACAUGUCCUACUACGGCAUCCCGCUGGUGUCCGUCAUGUUCUCCGGCCACCUCGGCGAAGCCCACCUCGCUGGCGCCAUGCUUGGCAACUCCUGUGCCACCGUCACCGGCUACGCCUUCGUGGUGCGUACUGCUGCAUGCUGCUAGUGCUACCACACACUCUUGAUUCGUCCAAGCUCGAUAAUUAGAUGGCGCAUUAAUCAAACCGGCCCCUUCAGACGCUGUUGCAGUGCUGCAACGCGUUUGCCA